ACAUCUGUUAAAAACAGAUGUUAAAAAUUAAAUUUAGUUUUUAAUUUUUAUUUUCUCGCUAGUAGAAAAAUUCUCACACAACAUAAUUAUACAUAAUUAUGUUUGCUUAAAAUUUAAAAAAUUAAUAAAAAUUAAAAAAAAUAUCUCUGAAAAGCGUAUUGUUUGUUAUUCCGAAAUAUCGUUUAGAGACCUUUUGGACUUUGUACCACGUCUUCGAUUCUCCUUAACAUCUCAAUUAGCUAAGUUGUGCUAUUUGCAGUUGAAGAAUGAGCGCAAUGCGAAUAUUUUGCUGUUAAAUAAUUUUUGCACGAUUGUUGGCGAAUUGCAUAGAUGCAUUAGAGUCGGUUUAUUUCUCAAUUUAAAGACCUUUGAUUUGUCGGUGCAAUACCUUAUCAAUAUAACAUCUCUCUGCGGCAUUUAUUCAAUAAAAGCUUCAGGCAAAAGGAAUCGGCAAAAUGUCAGACGCUCAGGAACGCAAAGCUAACCCUUUAAAAUCUUUUAUAGGGGGUGGGUUUGGUGGAGUGUGUACUGUGGUAACAGGUCAUCCUUUAGACACCAUUAAGGUGCGCUUACAAACUAUGCCGCGGCCAGCACCCGGUGAGCAACCCAUGUAUACGGGUACAUUCGAUUGCGCUCGAAAAACUAUUAAAAAUGAAGGUUAUCGAGGUUUAUAUAAGGGAAUGUCAGCGCCUUUAGUUGGAAUAACACCUAUCUUUGCCUUAUGCUUUGCCGGCUACUCUUUGGGCAAACGCGUUCAGCAGACCGAAGAUAGUACCAAACUAACAUAUAGACAAAUUUUUGUGGCUGGAUCUUUCUCGGGUUUGCUUUCUACCAUAAUAAUGGCUCCUGGUGAGCGCAUUAAAUGCUUGCUUCAAGUCCAACAAGCCUCGGCCGGUGAAAGAAAAUAUAACGGGAUGUUAGACUGUGCCUUCAAGUUGUACAAAGAGGGCGGUAUACGUUCCAUUUAUAAAGGUAGUUUUGCUACUUUAUUAAGAGAUCUACCCGCUAACGGCGCCUAUUUUGUAACAUAUGAGUACAUACAAGCACAGGCGAAACGGUUAACGGGCAGCAACGAGGUUAGCAUGGCGGCUACAUUAUUAGCUGGCGGUUCAUCUGGUAUCGCAUAUUGGAUAGUAGGCAUGCCUGCUGAUGUCUUAAAAAGUCGUCUGCAGACCUCACCUCCUGGUUAUUAUAAACAUGGCAUACGCAGUGCCUUCAAGGAUUUAAUGAAAACGGAAGGACCUUUAGCAUUAUAUCGAGGCAUUAGUGCCGUAAUGAUACGUGCCUUCCCUGCUAAUGCUGCCUGUUUCUUUGGAAUCGAAUUGGUUAAUAAAGCAUUUAAUAAAAUUGCUCCAAACUUCUAGUUGUAUAAUAGUAGAGAAUUUUCUUAUCCUUAAGUUGAAAAGUUACAUCAAAAUUUAUAUAAUUGAAGAAGACGUUUUUAAAAUAAAAUUUAAACAAGAAA